GGAAGGACCCCUUAGGCCUGCUGCAGGUCCCACUCUCCUGUUCAGCUCCGAGUCCGGCUGGUCCUAACAUCCCCAUCACCUACACCCAGGCCUCCCAACUUUGCAUUCCUAGGUUGGUGCCGCCAGCCAAACGUCCGUUCCCGCAAAUCGCUAAGUCCCCAGUGCCCCACCCCCAGACCCCCUCAAUUCUCCCAAGCUGAAAAUAAACGGAGCCGAGAGCCGGUGACUCAGAGAGGACUCAUCUGGCUCAGUCAGGAGCUUACCCGAACCUCAGGGGAGCGUGUCACCGUCCUGGGAAGCACGCUCCGAGGCCGGACGCCAGGUGACCCCGGAGCCCAGCGGCCACCUGCGCCCAGGAUCGUGGCUCUGGACUUUUGAGAGGCUCAAAACUUUUAGCGCCAGUCGGAGCACAUGGGAGGGGAAAAUCCCAAUCCCAGCAACCCCCGCGAGGCUCCUGGCACAAAGCUGGACAGUCGCCAUGACAAGUAAGGGCAAGCAGUUCGCCGGGGCGGAGGAGGUGGGGAUGGAGUCCGCGGGGAGGACAGGGAGGCAGUCGGGACUCUCGCCGUGUUGGUGCUGUUGCUCCUUGACGUUGGGGUGGGGGAAGUUCGACAAGCCAGAGCUGCGAGGGCAGAGUUGGUGGAAACCAUUUUAGAAGACUCCUGCCAUGUGUCAAAACAUGAAGGUGGAAGGAACAGGGUCCUUUGCACUUGUCAUUCCUCUCCCAGAUAGCUGGAGAGUUUCUUCUGAGCAGCUAAAACGUCAGCUUUUAGGAAGGACUCCCUUAACAUCCGAAUGCAACGAAUGCCUUCAGAUACUCUGUAUCACACCGUCUUGUUUAAUUUCCUUCACAGCCCUGACCGUUUUCUGCAAAGAUCUGUUCCUUGCCUUAAAUACACAGCAGCGUAAGCCUUGGGGGCAGAGACCUUGUCUACUGUCUUAUUCAUUGUUGUAUUUCUCAGUGCCUAGUACAGUACCGGGUAGAAAGGAAGAGCACGGUAAUAAACACACUGAAUGAAUGAAAAGAGACGGAAGUCAGGAAUUUGACGGAAUGAGAAGCAAAAGACGGUCAAAACCUGUAAAAUCAAAUAUAGCGGUGGCGCCCUCUGCAGGUGGCGGGGGGAGUAGGUGCUUUAAGAGUGCCCGAGGGAGACGGCAGGGGGAGCGCAGGCACUUCUCGCCGAGGCAGAAACUCUCGGACUACAAUACCCAGCAGCCACCAGGAGCCCCACGGCUUGAUGGGAACGGUAAGCCUGCGUGACCCGCCCCUCCCGUGGGUCGCCCGCGAAAUCUGAUCCGGGAUGCGGAGGUCCAAUGGAAAGGCGGGGCCAAAUCCCGCGAGAGCGAGCGGCUCUUAGCGACCGACCCGGCGGAGAGACGCGGUGCUUGCAGCCUCGGCUUGUCCACCUGUCCGGCUCGCCUCCCGGCUCGCCUCCCGGGGGUCUUCCGCCCCCUCCCGGAAGAAGGAGGAAGGCCCCGGCGCGUUCUCCAGGUCUGCGUCCGGGAGCCGAGCGGACUUUGGGGUCGUGUCGGCCACGCGGGACGAGGGUUGCGGCCGAGGCCGGUGUCCCUGCUUCCUCGGCAGCAUGAGCGCACCAGGGGCGCCCGGGUUAGCCCCGGACUGCCUUGCUGCGGACCAGGCCCCCGCUCAGGCAUCCCCGACGGAAGAAAAUACGGAUGCCGAAGUGUUGCCGCCACCACCACCGGCUGGGGACGACCCUCCGCGCUCGUCCCCGGAUCGCACGGCUGGUUCCCAGGAGCCGGGGGAGGGCGGCUCAGCUUCUGCCUGCACCGCCCCGGAGGCGGGCUUCGCUGCUCCUAGCGAGUUGAGCCCUCGAAGCGAGGAGCCAGCACUUUGUGAAAACGUGAGCCUCCCUGCAGAAGAAGCGAACGGGCCAGAGUCGCGGCCCGGAGAAGCCGUGGAAGGUGUGUCUGAGGACCCCGCCCUGGAGGACGAGGGAUACGCCACUUGGAACUACAGCUUCUCCCAGCUACCUCAGUUUCUCAGUGGUUCCUGGUCGGAGUUCAGCAGCCACCCCGAGAACUUCUUGAAAGGCUGUAAGUGGGCCCCUGAUGGUUCCUGCAUCUUGACUAAUAGUGCCGAUAAUAUCCUACGGAUUUAUAACCUACCCCCGGAGCUGUACAAUGACGGGGAGCAGCUGGAAUAUGCAGAGAUGGCCCCUGUCCUUCGCAUGGUGGAAGGCGACACCAUCUAUGAUUAUUGUUGGUAUUCUCUGAUGUCUUCAACCGAGCCAGACACCUCCUACGUGGCCAGCAGCAGCCGGGAGAACCCCAUUCACAUCUGGGAUGCAUUCACCGGAGAGCUCCGGGCUUCCUUUCGGGCCUACAACCACCUGGACGAGCUGACGGCAGCCCACUCGCUCUGUUUCUCCCCGGAUGGCUCCCAGCUCUUCUGUGGCUUCAACAGGACCGUGCGCGUCUUUUCCACGGCCCGACCUGGCCGUGACUGUGAGGUCCGAGCCACAUUUGCCAAAAAGCAGGGCCAGAGUGGUAUCAUAUCUUGCAUAGCCUUCAGCCCAGCCCAGCCCCUCUACGCCUGUGGCUCCUACGGCCGGUCCCUGGGUCUCUAUGCCUGUGAUGGUGGCUCCCCUCUUGCCUUGCUGGGAGGACACCAAGGAGGUGUCACUCACCUCUGCUUCCACCCCGAUGGCAACCGCUUCUUCUCAGGAGCCCGCAAGGAUGCCGAGCUGCUGUGCUGGGACCUCCGGCAGCCUGGUCACCCACUGUGGUCCCUGAGUCGAGAGGUGACCACCAACCAGCGCAUCUACUUCGAUCUGGAUCCGACUGGGCAGUUCUUAGUGAGUGGCAGCACUAACGGGGCUGUGUCUGUGUGGGACUCCAGCGGGGCUGCACAGGAGGGGAAGCCGGAGCCCGUGCUGAGUUUUCUGCCCCAGAAGGACUGCACCAAUGGAGUGAGCCUGCACCCUAGCCUGCCUUUGCUGGCUACUGCCUCGGGUCAGCGCGUGUUUCCGGAGCCCGCGGACAGUGAGGACGACGGGGAGCAGGGCGCAGACCUUCCCCUGCUUUCCAUGCGCCACGUCCACCUUGAAUGUCAGCUUCAGCUCUGGUGGUGUGGGGGGGGCCCCGACGCCAGGGCGGCUGAUGCUCGCCAGGGCAAGAAGGGGCCGGGGGAGACGGAGGAAGGCGGGGGCGAGUUUGUAUAAAAAGGUUC